GCCUUUGGAAUUCAAGUGGAUGCACAAUGACAGUGAGCUCACCACCUACAGCAGCGAAUAUAAGUAUAUUAUUCCAUCUUUACAGAAGCUGGAUGCUGGGUUUUACCGCUGCGUGGUGCGAAACCGAUUGGGAGCACUCUUGCAAAGAAAAUCACAAGUUCAAGUCGCAUAUAUGGGAAAUUUCAUGGAUACAGACCAGAGGAAAACAGUUUCUCAAGGACAUGCAGCAGUUCUAAACUUACUGCCUAUCACCAGCUGCCCCAGACCUCAAGUGACUUGGUUUAGAGAAGGACAUAAGAUUAUUCCAAGCAACAGAAUGUAAGUUGCUCCAAACAUUAAAGCUUCAAGUACAAU